CGGAAGUAAACGAAACAAAGGCGCCAGUCGCGUUUCCCAAAUGUUCGAGUCAACUUCGGGAGGUUACUCUAUGAGUUAAACCUCGAGCCACAUUUACUGUAGCCUACAUUAGACAACAAUGUGUUCAGUUGAGUCUUUGAGAGAGUUUGUCAAGGAGCGACUAACUGCUGCUGCUGAAGAAAUAUUGGGAGCUUUUAAAAGAACCAUCGUCGAGUACGAGGAAGAGAUCGAUCGGCAGCGCAGACUGUUGGAUAUCGUGUUGAAGCCUGAAAUAAAGUUACACAGGACAGCGCUCCUACAGCAACAUGUGUGUAAGGAGGAGGAGGUUGUCCCUGAGCAGCAGCUCUGUAUUGAGGAGAGGAAGUCCAGUGUGGACCAAGAGCACCCAGAGCCUCCACACAUUAAAGAGGAAGAGGAGGAAGUGUGCAGCAGUCAGGAGGGAGAGCAGCUUGAAUUGAAGCAGGAGACUGGUGGCUUUAUGUUGACUCCUGCUGAUGAGGAAAGUGAGCAUAGUGAAGAUCAGACUGUGGACUUCAUUCAUGACGACACUCAAAGUGCAGCAGAGAAAGAGUCUGUCGUCAUCAUACCAGUUAUAAGCUAUGUGAUACCGACCAGUGACCACCAGCUGCUCUCUCACAACUCUCAUGUAGCUGAGAGCCAAGAUGAGGAAGAAUACCAGCAUGGAGACUCUGGAUCACCUGGAAACACAGAGCUUCAAGCAGAGAAAAGACAUCAUGAAAGUGAAAUUAACAGUAAGAGUCCACACACCUCUGCUGUGAUCAACUUAAAUACAGGUAAAAAGCCUUUAAACUGUGACAUAUGUGGGAAAGUUUUUGAGUGCAAGUCAAAAUUGCAGAGACACCUGAACAGCCACACAGGUGAGAAGCCAAUUUCUAGCAAAACCUGUGGGAAAAGAGUCAAUGACACAUCAGCAUUGAGCGCUCAUAUAAGAACCCACACAGGUGAGAUGCCAUAUACUUGUAAAGUAUGUGGGAGAGGUUUCGUACGUAGUGAUUACUUGUUAGUCCACAUGAGGACUCAUUCAAGUGAGAAGCCGUAUACUUGUAAAGUAUGUGGGAGAGGUUUCAUACGUAAUGAUUACUUGUUAGUCCACAUGAGGACUCACACAGGUGAGAAGCCGUAUACUUGUAAAGUAUGUGGGAGAGGUUUCGUACGUAGUGAUUACUUGUUAGUCCACAUGAAGACUCAUUCAAGUGAGAAGCCACAUACUUGUAAAGUAUGUGGGAGAGGUUUCAGACAUAAUGGUGACUUGUUAGUCCACAUGAGGACUCAUUCAGGUGAGAAGCCGUAUACUUGUAAAGUAUGUGGGAGAGGUUUCGUACGUAAAGAUUACUUGUUAGUCCACAUGAGGACUCAUUCAAGUGAGAAGCCGUAUACUUGUAAAGUAUGUGGGAGAGGUUUCGUACGUAAUGAUUACUUGUUAGUCCACAUGAGGAAUCAUUCAGGUGAGAAGCCGUAUACUUGUAAAGUAUGUGGGAGAGGUUUCGUACGUAAUGAUUACUUGUUAGUCCACAUGAGGACUCACACAGGUGAGAAGCCGUAUACUUGUAAAGUAUGUGGGAGACACUUCAGAUCUAGCAAUACCUUGAGAGUCCACAUGAGAACGCACACAGGUGUAAAGGUGCAUCACUUGAGCACAGACGUUCCAGUUGAAGUCACACAUACACAGGAGAGAGACUGUUUACAUGCAAAACAUGUGGCAGAGCUUUCAGAGGCCUGUUCCAUAAAGCAUGCUAAGAAAAGUGGGGAGUGAAGUUCAAAUCCUGAAUUUUAAUUGAAAUUGCAGGUCUGGAACAGUUAAACUAGUGAGAUAAACAAGGAAAGGAGGAGACUGCUUUAAAGUUUGAAUGAAUUUUAUACUUGCAAGAGUCAUGGAAAAGUCAUGGAAUUAGUCAAAAUCAUAAGUCACAGAACUUGUUUGUGUAGAAUGAAAUUAUUAGAAUCAUCUUCAGUGGAUAACCCUCCAUAAAAUGUAACAUAAUGCCAAAUUCAUUUUUCUGAAGCUGGCAUCUUAAUGUAGCUUUAAUAUGCGUUGAUGUGUGACAGUGUUUGUUUACCAUCAGGUGUGUUUUGUCAUUUUCUCCCUCAGUUUGUCUCUCCCUUCCUGUGUGCCAAUUAUGUUUACAUAGAGUUUGAAUCUGAUGUUUGAAAAAUGCCGGGCAAGUGGGAAAAGAAAAAGAAAAGUCUUCAUUGUGAGUCCUUGAAAAGUCAUGAAAAAGUUUGGAAAUAUUGUCCAUGAAAAUGUGAGCGGAACCUGUAAUUAAAAGUAUGAGUGAUUUUGCAGUGAGUACAGCAAUAAACUGAUCC